AUGUUCAGCAAAAUUUGGUUGACCAUCAUAUCAUCGAUUGUCUUGUAUAUCAUGUAUCUACCACAAUAUGAAUCAUCAUUCCUUUGGCAUCUUUUCUGUACAUUGUUCCCAGCAUGGUGCACUAAUGAAACGUGGUCAACUGUGCAAACGAUAGCGGCAUUAGGCGAAGGUUCGUCGGGAUCUCAAGGUGGUUUUCUGCAGUUAACACAGAAGUGA